UAAAUGGUGAAUGGCUUAGUUCUUUCGUGAUAAAGGGCAGAGGACCCUCUCUAGUCCUCACAUGGUCUGUUUCGCAAGGCUGGAUAGGGUACUCAGCUAGCUAGAACAGCAGCACUGCCCUAGAAUAGGCGGACAUCAAAAGAACUUCCCCCACUUUCUCCUCUGGCCAUGGAUGCCUCAAAGAUGCUGCUACUAUCACCACCAUCAACCCCCCUACUUUCACUAAAACACCGUAGUUUCCUUGUCACGUAUAAAAGAUCAAGGUUGCAGACUCCGCUGAAAGUGCUAGCCAUGGCGAAGGAGACCAGUGAAAGCGACGAUGGAGUUAUAGAGAAAGCAGCAAUAGCCGGUGGCUUGGUUGCCAGCCCAGUGAUUGCCUGGUCCCUGUACACGCUCAAGACAACUGGGUGUGGUCUGCCCCCUGGGCCAGGUGGCUCGAUUGGUGCGCUGGAAGGUCUGAGCUACCUAGUUGUUGUGGGUAUUGUGGGUUGGUCUUUGUACACAAAAGCGAAAACUGGUUCUGGUCUGCCUAAUGGGCCUUUUGGGUUACUUGGAGCUGCGGAAGGACCCCUCCCAAGUGACCAGUGCUUCGGCUGAGAAGAACGUGGAAUGGGCCACUGCCGCUCAAUCUUAUGCUUCUGGCCAUGGUUUACUGUCUUUACUCCAACCUGCAACUUUUCUACUUCAUUUUUUUAACAUAGUUGAUUAGGCUGUGCUGCCUAGGUAUUGUAAAUAACUUACAUAAAUAAUGAAGUUUCCUUUUCUCUGUUUCUCUUUCUCGUUGUGAUUUCUAUUAAAAUUUUCAUGAAUGGUUUCUUACUGUAUCUGCAAUUCGAUAUGAUUAAACAUUAUUCAUCUACCCUUAUCCUUUCUUUCUUUUGAGUACAAAUCAUCUAAUGACACCCCACAUCCUUAAUUUUAUCAAAUACUUGAUUAAAAUUUUCUCUCUUUUUCAGUUUGAAUCAACGACAACAACAAUUGAACCAGAAAUAUUCCAAGGAUUCAUAAAUUUUUACCAACUUUAACCAAGUCAAAAUUAUUUGGGUCAUGAAGAAAAAGGCCUCUAAUUAUUUGGGUGAAGUUAAUAUUGAUAUAAAUUUAAGGAUUGUUGGUUAUGUGAAAGGCUUGUUGAGCUCCAGCUAACCUCUUUUGUCCUACAAAUACGAUGUUGUUUGGCUUUGACAAGAA